UGUCCUGGAGAGAGAAACUCGCCGCUCGCUUUUACUCCUUUUUUCUUAUAUUUUUUUUUUUUUGUUAAUGAAGGUAGCAGUAAGCAUUGAGCACAUAUCUCGAGCCACAAAGUUCUUCGGAGUAGAAAGUGGAAGAAGAUCUAUGGAUUACGGAGACGAUCGUAGCCAUUCAUGGAAUUGGCAAGUGGAGAACUGUGAUCACCAACCACAGUCUAAUUUCUCGGAUGUGCCGGAGUGCACAAUGACUGAAGUCGCACUAAACCAAGAAGACCACUCGUACAUGUUUGAUGAUGAAUCCACUCCAGUGAAGGCGUGUACUGACUUGGGUUAUCAUGUCACAACAGAUGAAACGAUCAAGAAACUGGAAGUUCAAAGUGAGACACGUUCUGCUGUAAAGAGGCGUCGGAUGUUACAAUUCGAAGACCAGCCCAUGGAUCUUUUCAGCAGUGAGAGUUUCUCUUCAAUAUUAAAAUCAAGCGCUAGAGAGGAGGCAUUUGAUGAGCUUUUACCUGAGGGAUCUCAGCUUAUAGAAGGGUUUUCAGAAGAUGCUUCUGCCUCGAGCUUCGAGGGCAUUGAUCUGUAUGCUGAAGAGUGGUACGCUGAUUGCUUAAAUGAUUCUGAGACUCCAACUUUACCUGAUGACUUGAGCUUUGGUUCCGCUGAUGUCCAAGUAGAUAUUUCAGAGUAUUUAAAUGUGCCACCAGAAACAGAAACCAGGGAAGUUAAGCGGCCUAUCACUCGAUCUUCUCCAAAUGUUAUCUUUAAAGGUAGGAAAUCUUUUGCAAGGCCGGUCCCAAAGCUACCAUCUUCUAUCAUCUAUCCAUUUGCGUUCAUCAAACCAUGUGGGGUUCACGGCGACGUGACUCUUAAGGACAUAAACCAGAAAAUCCGAACUCCACCAGCAAAACCAAAGGAAGACAAAGCAGAGCUUGCAGUGAUCCAAACUUCAGCAUUCUCUGGGAAACCCGUUGUAGGAAAGACUAAAAUCCGCACAGAAGGAGGAAAAGGAAGCAUCACGAUAAUGAGGACGAAAGGAUAAGCUUAGUUAAAUUAAGUAGAAGUAUUUAAGUUUUUAAACUUCAAACAUUUGCCUUAUGCUCAUAGGCCCUUAAAAUCUUUUUACCGGAUAUAGUUCCUGUCAAGGGCCUUUAAAUCAGUACAGCGGCUAAUAUACUCUUCAAGAUCUUAUUUUGAAUCAUGUUCUUGUUUCGUUUUCUUAUCUGUAGUAAGAGAACUUAAGGAUCUGUAUCCAUGUGGUAGGAUAUUUUUUGUUUGUAUAAAGUCCAUGGUUCUUAAUGUUAGCU